GUCAGUGACUGGGGGCACGCAUAUUCUGGAAAGUACAAAAUACCACGUUUUGCAAUGGAGUGUCUCUUCUCUUGUUGUGAGUAUCUUUUAAUCCCCAGACCCAAAAGCCAUAAGCUUUUUUAACAAAUACCACAGCGUGAAUGUGAAUCCAAACGCCGAAAUCAUUCUGGAUUCCCUGCAAGUUUUAACAGUGUUUUAAAUGAUUGUGGAGCCCUCUCUCAUUUCCUCCAUACCCUACCCAGAUCCUUUUUCUGGCCCCAUUGCCUUCUUCCAACGGUGUUCCUUCCUCUUCAGAGUUCAGACCAUUAUGCGAGUCUUGCAGACACGUUAUUCAUAUCAUAUCAUAACAUAGAAAAAAACAAUACCCAGAAAUCCCGUCUCAGAAAAAUAUCGCUACGCAUAGAGUGAGAAAAAGGUUGCAGAUUUAUUCAGAAAGAGAUGGGGAGAGAACAAGAGUGAGAGUCCAUGCAAGUUUUUUUACAUUUAUACUUCAAAAAAGAAGUUUGCUUUUGUCAAAAAACAGCUAGAGUUUCUCGCUUCUUCUGGAAAGGUUGCUUGCGUUCUUCCUUCUCCCUGCAAUAAGUACUGAGAAUUUUGAAGCCAGUCGUUCAAUUCUGGAGCUUUGUUGACCUUUCGUCAUUCGUUCAGGGAAAUGGGGUUGACCGGUUGGAGGCAGCAGAGUGGAUACAUGAAACAGAGAUUUAGUUUUGUAGCCUAGAAACCUGUUCAAGGAAUAUGGACUUCAUAAUCUUCCGUGAUUGAGAAAAGUACAAGUAUGGAUGUUCGAGAAGAAAGUGGUAACUUCGGGACACUGAGAGCCAUGACAUCAAGGAAUAUGUCAUCGUCGUCGUCAACAUUCUUUUCAGCGAACCAGUCACCUUUCUUCUCUCCAAAAUCACCGCCGCUUCCAUCAUUAAAAUCUACAGGACCCCACGUUACCAGCGUUCCUGAACCAAAAUCUGUAGGAACUGUUAGAUAUGCCUUCUCAGAUGCUUCUACAUCUACGGCUGGCUGUAACAACUCGAGUGAUUUGCUGGAGCAUGAUCGUGUAUCUUCUUCAAUUGGCAUCUCUAGCAGCACAGUUUCUGGUCACAACCAUGCCUUUGAAGAUGGCUAUUUUGGACCGAAAGAAAAGCGAAUCAAGGGUGGCAGAAACUUCAAAACAUCCUCAACUAUGGGUUGUUCCAUUUCACAUUCUUCUUACAGACUUCGUAAUUGUGAUGUUUUUAUUGGAUUACAAGGAAGAAAGCCCCUAUUACUACGAUUUGUCAAUUGGCUACGUGCUGAGUUAGAAGUUCAAGGAAUCAGUUGCUUUGUAAGUGACAGGGCACGAUGCAGGAACUCUCGCAAGCAUAGCAUCAUUGAGAGGGCCAUGGAUGCUGCUUCCUUUGGUAUAGUUAUCAUAACCAGGAAGUGUUUCAAGAACCCUUACACCAUCGAAGAGCUACAGUUUUUUUCUGGUAAGAAGAAUUUAGUCCCAAUAUACUUUGAUUUGAGUCCAGCAGAUUGUCUUGUGAGGGAUAUAAUUGAGAAGAGAGGUGAGCCGUGGGAAAAACAUGGAGGAGAGCUUUGGGCUUCGUAUGGAGGAUUGGAACAGGAGUGGAAAGAUGCUGUUCAUGGCCUCUCUCGUGUUGAUGAAUGGAAAUUGGAAGCGCAAGAUGGAAACUGGAGAGAUUGCAUAUUGAGCGCUGUCAUAUCAUUAGCAAUGAGGUUAGGUAGGAGAAGUGUCACAGAACACUUGACAAAAUGGAGAGAGAAGGUGGAAAAAGAGGAGUUCCCUUUCACACGGAAUGAGAAUUUCAUUGGAAGAAAGAAAGAACUUUCUCAGCUGGAAUUCAUACUCUUUGGUGAUGUCAGUGGAGAUUUGGAAAGAGAUUAUAUUGAACUUAAAGCGAGAUCCAAGAGGAAGAAUUUCACGUUUGGAUGGGGGAAGAACAAUGCUUUAGACGAAAGAUACAGGGAAAGGCAAAUGAAAAACAUCAGCAGGAAGGCAAAAGAACCUGUUGUUUGGAAAGAAUCAGAAAAAGAUAUUGAAAUGCAAAGUACUGAGCUUUCAAUGAAGCACUACAGUUCAAGAUUGAAGCAUGGAGGAAAGUAUGGUAGGAGGAAAAGAGGAAGGAAUAUUUUGCAUGGGAAAGGGGUCGCUUGUGUAUCUGGGGAUUCGGGAAUUGGUAAAACAGAACUCGUUCUUGAGUUUGCUUACAGAUAUCACCAGAGAUACAAGAUGAUUUUGUGGAUAGGAGGGGAGAGCAGGUACAUGAGGCAGAACUAUCUCAACCUCAGGUCUAUUUUAGAAGUUGAUGUGGGAGUUGAGAAUAGUUUGGAGAAAAGCAGGAUAAAAAGCUUUGAAGAGCAGGAAGAGGCUGCUAUUUCUAAAGUCCGCAAACAGCUUAUGAGAAACAUUCCAUAUUUGGUGGUCAUUGAUAACUUGGAAAGCGAGAAGGACUGGUGGGAUCAUAGACUUGUAAUGGAUCUUCUGCCUCGUUUUGGUGGUGAAACCCAUGUUAUUAUAACAACCCGCCUUCAUCACAUCAUGAACUUGGAACCUUUGAAACUCUCUUACUUAUCUGGGGUUGAAGCAAUGACUUUAAUGCAAGGGAGUGGUAAGGACUACCCAGUUGCUGAGAUAGAUGCUCUGAGAACUAUAGAGGAAAGAAUUGGAAGGUUGCCUUUGGCCCUUGCCAUUGUCAGUGCAAUUUUGUCUGAGUUACCUAUAACCCCAAGUAGGCUCUUAGAAACUAUAAACAGAAUGCCGUUGAAGGACAUAUCAUGGAAUGGUAAAGAAGCAACCUCGUUAAGGAACAACACUUUCCUUGUGCAACUAUUUGAGGUUUGUUUCUCAAUAUUUGAUCAUGCAGAUGGCCCUAGAAGCUUAGCAACUAGAAUGGUCUUGGCAAGUGGAUGGUUUGCACCUAGUGCUAUUCCAGUUUCCUUAUUAGCACUUGCAGCCCAUAAGAUGCCAGAAAAGUAUCAUGGGACCUGCUUCUGGAGAAAAUUUCUUCAGACCAUGACAUGUGGAUUGACAUCGUCGCAAGCCAAGAAAUCAGAAUUAGAAGCAUCUUCUCUGUUGUUAAGAAUCAAUAUCGCUAGAAGGUGCACUAAGCAAGGUUGGAUCCAAUUCAAUGAGCUCAUCAGAGUUUAUGCCCGGAAGAGAGGAAUGACUGGAGCUGCACAAGCAAUGGUUCAAACUGUUAUUAGUGAGGGGUCAAUAUGUCCAAGUCCUGACCAUUUAUGGGCAGCAUGUUUCCUGGUAUGUGGAUUUGGUCAUGAUCCCGUGGUUGUUGAGCUGAAGGUGUCAGAGCUAUUAUAUAUGGUGAAAAAAGUGGUUCUUCCUCUAGCAAUCCACACAUUCAUUACAUUCUCUCGAUGCAGUGCAGCUCUAGAGCUUCUGCGCUUGUGCACCAAUUUGUUAGAAGCAGCAGAUCAAGCAUUUGUGACCCCAGUUGACAAGUGGCUGGACAAGUCUCUAUGUUGGAGGUCCAUACAAACUAAUGCUCAGUUGAAUCCUUGCCUUUGGCAAGAGCUGGCUUUGUGUAGAGCCUCUGUACUUGAGACUAGGGCCAAGUUAAUGCUAAGAGGAGCACAAUUUGAUAUUGGUGAUGAUUUGAUCAGGAAGGCUGUUUUUAUCAGGACUUCAAUUUGUGGUGAAAAUCAUCCAGAUACCAUAUCUGCUCGCGAGACCUUGAGCAAACUCUCCAGGCUUGUCGCAAAUGCCCAGAUUCAUGCUUCAUCUUGAAAUCUGUAUCAUGGUAGGAAACUCCAGUUAGAAUUAUACAGAAAAGAUCUUGAAUAAACUUUAGCAUACUAUUUGAGAGGAACUUUCUGCAGCAUAUUUUAAAAGUCUGAAUGAGAUGCCUUCCAAUUUUUUUUAGAAGAGACUAUUCUUUCCCCGUCCAUACAAAUGCUGUAAAUACACUGUCAUUGAUUUGUCAUUAGUUUGCCACGGGCACUGCUACUCUGAUAGCUUGUGGGACCAAGUUUUUAAUUAAUGAGAAGCUUUAGUUCGAUGAUAA